UUAUUGUCCUGUCAUGGCGUUCACGAUCAGUUGCCGUAGGUGCAACAAGCGAUUUAAGACGGGAUAUUCCGCGAGGAAGCAUCACGAAUAUAGCCACGCUCCGCAUCCCUAUCAAAGUGGAAUAUUCAGCGACUCGCAAGGACAAGCGCUCGUGAACCAGCCAAAUGCUAAACAAUUGGGGAAGGAAGAGCUGCCUCACUAUAAACUGUGGCUGGCACUAGCAGCUGACCAAAUUAUUGGAUCCUUGACUCCAAGCGUUAAAGCUGGAUGGCAACAGUUACAUGACGUCCACGUGAAAAAGAUUCAUUUGGAACAUCUACUUUUUACCCUCGGCAGUCCCCCUUGUAAAGCAUUACAAGCAGCCCAUACAUCAUGAAAGUACCCGCAAGUUUUCCUACAGAAUGUAUGAUUUGGAAGCAGUUUUGAAUGCACUAGCAUACCAAGAGAUUGUUAGACCGAAGACGUCGGCAGCGUUCAGG